AAUAUGAGUUACUCUUUAAUACUCAGUGACUCUUACGGCGACGGGCUGCUGUCUCGAUACCAGAGCCUGCGACAAGAGGGACGGAUGUGCGACAUCAUCCUGGAGGCCGAAGGCAAGGAAUUCCCAGCUCAUCGCACCUUGUUAGCCUGCUCAAGUGACUACUUUUGGUCCCUUUUUCAGGACUACACUCUGGAGUCCAAGGCUCAAGCCGUCAGUCUCCCGGCCGUGUCGUCUGCUGGCCUGGAACAGGUACUGGACUUCAUCUAUACCUCAUGGAUCUCACUGUCGCCCUCCAGCCUGGAGGACACGUUGGAAGCUGCCUCCUACCUGCAGGUCACACAUGCCGUGGAUCUUUGUACAGGAUACAUCUCGAGCAGCCUCAAUCUCAACAACUGCUGCUUUUUUGCCAACGUGGCGGCCCGUUACGGCCUUUUUGAGGCACUAGAUGAGAGCAACUGCUUCAUUGCACAAAAUAUGGGCAGAUUACUUGAAGACACUGGGGACAGAUUCGGGAUCCUGGAGCUAAACCGUGACUCUUUUCAGAAGGUGCUUGGAUCAGAGGAGAUGUCUGGAGUGAAGGAAAUAGCAGUACUACACCUGGUGCUAGACUGGUUAGCAUGCAACCCUUUACCUGCCCUGGAAAGUAACUCCCUUCUAAGCCGUGUUCGGUUUGGUCUGGUACCUCCUAAAGAACUGUCUCAUCUAAGUAAGUCUAACCCAGUUCUUCGCACUCCUUUCAUUCACAGCUUGGUACAGAAAGCCUUGUAUUAUCACGUGCAGGUUCCUCUACAGCCAUUACUGCAAAGUGUCCACACCAGUUUGAGAUCCACAACCAAGACAAUCCUACUCAUAGGAGGAGGGACAGAACCAGAACGACCUCAGACUACGAUCCAGAGGUAUGAUCAACAGAGCAGAAGAGUCCACUCCCUGUCGACCGUUAUGCCCAUAAAGCUCCAGCAUCAAGGUGUCUGUGUGGUGGGAAACUUUUUGUUUGUUCUAGGAGGGGAGAUAGUGGAGGUUAAUGGGGAAAGUGAGAAGACUGCUGUAAAGACCGUCUCUGACCAAGUGUGGAGGUACGACCCUCGAUUCGAUCGCUGGGAGGAGAUGGAGCCACUGUUGCAGAAGAGAGCACAGUUCUCCUGCUGCGUGGUAGAGGGAGUUAUAUAUGCCAUAGGAGGACGUGGCCAAGAAAGGGAGCCUGCUCUGUCCUCAGUGGAAAGAUACAACAUGAAGGCAGGGUGCUGGCGAAGUGGCGUGUCCUUGCCUCACGCUGUCCACGGCCAAGCCUGCGCCACAAUUGGCAGAGGUAUCUACAUCUCCGGAGGUAUCCAUGGUAGUCAGCAUGAUUGCAGCAAGGAAGUGUUAUUUCUCGAUGCCUCUACUGGUGGCGCCUGGGAAAGACGCUCACCAAUGUCUAUAGCCAGGUUUGGUCACCAGAUGGCAGCGAUAAACGAGCGGAUCUAUGCCUUCCUAGGGAUGUACGAACCUUACAGUGAAAUCGAGUGCUACGAUUCCAAACGAGAUCACUGGACUCGACUCAAGCCCCUCCUGAACGAUCGCUUUUGCUACGGUUUGACGGUCACAACCGGCGGGCGUGUGCUGAUGUUCGGAGGCAGGAAGUGGCAGGACGGACAUGAAGUGUGCACCCGUAACGUUCUGGAAUACGACCCUGAAUCUGACAGCUGGAGGGAGGUUGGUAAACUACCCGGCCCCUUGUGUGGGACCCAGUGUGCCAUGAUAAGCCUCCAGGAACAAACAGAAACGUAAGACCUACAGUUCAUUCCAUACACCCAGAGAAAGGGUUUCCGCCGCCUCAGGGGACUUUAAAUGUGGUGAGAUGUCGUCAAUCUGUGCAGGGAAGUCGAUACUUGACCUCUUGGAGAAAGAUCUGUCGUGACGGUUGCACCAGAGGAAUACUUUGUAGGAGCAUGAUGAUAAGAGUCUUGCAAGGGUUGCAAUGAUUAGCAUGGAACAAGAAAGUAAAGGACAAGCCUGAGAAGAUAUGUUUGUUACAUAUUAAAGCAGGUUAAAAAGGAUAAAUACAGUGUAUCACAAAAGUGAGUACACCCCUCACAU